AGCCGUCCCUUUCCCCGUGGAAUCAUCUCGGCGGGGAUGCCGGGGCGCGGCUGAGGGUCCUGCGGGGCUCACGGCCAGGGCCUGUCUUGACAGGAGAAUGUGACUCUGGCUGACAUCCUCUCCCUGCGGGACCGCGGCCUCAGCGAGCAGGAAGCCUGGGCCGUGUGCCUGGAGUGCAGCCUGUCCAUGCGGAGUGUGGCCCACGCCGCCAUCUUCCAGAGCCUGUGCAUCACGCCGGACACCCUGGCCUUCAACACCAGCGGGAACGUGUGUUUCAUGGAACAGCUCAGCGACGACCCUGAGGGCGCCUUCGUUCCCCCGGAGUUCGACGUGACCGGGAACACCUUUGAGGCGCACAUCUACUCCCUGGGGGCCACACUGAAGGCCGCCCUCGAGUACGUGGCAGAGCCCACACUGGAACUCAGGCUGAGCCAAGACCUCGAGGCGCUGCUGAGCCGGAUGCAGGCGGAGGACCCCGGGGACCGGCCGGACCUCGAGAGCAUCAUCGCGCUGUGUGAAGAGAAGCUUCAGCUCACGUCCUCCUGCCGCAUAUGCCGGAGCCUCUCUGCUGUGGGGAGGAGGGUCCUCUCCAUCGAGUCCUUCGGAGCACUGCAGGAUGUCAGCGAGAGCAGCUGGCGGGAGAGGCCUGUCCCAGGAAACGCUGGGCCCAGGAGGCCACCUGGGGACCCCAGCGCUGACCCGGAGGUUCUGCCAGCCCCCAAAGGCCCAGUGUCUGAGGCCAGCCGGGGCCCCAGAACCUCCCCAACCAAGGCUCUGCUGUCCACCCCGGUGAGAAAUGGCGAGAGCCACAGCCAGGAGGAACUGGCCAGCCUCGUCCUGGAUGCCGAGCGCACCCUCGGGGACCUGGACAGAGACGCCCUCAGGAGGAGCCGCCUGCGGAAAGUGCAGACAUUCCCCAGGCUGCCGUCCGACAGCCCCGAGGCCAGCACCUGCCUGCCGCUGACCCGUGGGAAAAGCCAGCUGCCCAUAUCGGAACUAUUCCCUCCGGACCCCAGGAAGGCCUUUCUGGACAGGAAAAAUGGCCUUUCUAGCUUCCAGGCUCAGCCCAAAUGCAGGCUGUGGCCGGAGCAGGAGCUGGAACACCAGCUGGGAGGGGUUCCCUGUGCAGGCCGCAGUGCGGACAGGGGCCCUGGGGCCCCCGGCAGUCCAGGACAGCCCGAGACUUCACACCCGAGUCCGGGGCCAGCAGAGGCCGGACCCCCAGCCUGCCCCGCACACCCUCGAGAUGCUAGCGGUGAAGCCCAGACUCCCGGGGACGAUGAGAGAAUUCCGGAAGGAGCCAGGCCGCCGGAAAGUGCAGCCGCAGAGCAGUGGGUGUCCCUGCAGGACCUCCUGUCCCAGCUGGGCCGGCCCUUCCGGGAGUACGAGCUGUGGGCCCUGUGCCUGGCCUGCCUCCGCGCACUACAGAUGCACCCCGAGCACCCAGCCUACCUGUGUCUGGACUCUGUGCUGGUUGCUGAGGACGGGGCUGUGCUCUUCCAGCCACCCCCUGCCAACGGUUCCUAUGACUCAUUCUUUCUGGCUCCCGAGCUGGCAGAGGAGAAGCUGGUAACUGAAAAGGCCUCUGUGUACUGUGUGGCCGCUGUCCUGUGGACUGCAGCCAAGUUCAGUGUCCCCCGCAACCACAAGCUGGCCCUGCCACGCAGGCUCAAGACCCUCCUCCUGGACAUGGCCAGGCGCAGCGCCCCAGAGCGGCCGUCCGCGGCCGAGGCCAUCAAGGUGUGCGGCAGCUACCUCCUGCAGCGAGGCAUGGACAGCCGGAAAAUCCUCGCCCACCUCAGGGCUUCCACCUGCCAGGUAUACCAGGAGGAAGAGACCAUCAGCCUCCAAAACGCCUUCUCAGUGGUUGAACUGAAGCCAAGUGUGGCACCAGCCCCAGAGCCCAGCCCAGGCUUCCUGCCGGUGAACAGCGACACCAGGCUUGUGGCUGUGCCAGGGCCGGUGCCCAGCCAGCGCCCCUGCUGUGAAGAAGCCACCCAGCUGCCUGCAGCGUUCACCUCCGAGGCCACACACUUCAAGCCCAUCGUCCUCGCGCAGGACGCAGUUAUGGCCAGGGACCAGCCUGCCUUGGCCCAGGAGGAGUCCCAGGAGAGGGGCAGCCAGAGGGAGGGAGACGGUGAGAAGCUCUCCCCAGAGGCCCUCGCCGGGUCCCCCAGCCUGAAGACGCCUGACGGGCCGGUGCCUGGUCCGGGGUCACAGGGAGCAGCCCCAGAGCCUCCUGGGGAGUCAGCGCAGCGUAACCCAGCCCAGGGCUGCCCCUGCCCUCCACCCCGGGCCCCAGCAAACCAGCCAGAGGAGGCCUCAUCGGCAGCUCCCAGCUCUCCAGUCCCCGCCCCGCCCAUGAAGGCAUCUGCGCUGCCUGAAAGGCCAGGGCCAUCUGGGCAGGCCCCCCCUGGAGUCACUUCCGGGGGUCUCAGGCCCGACACCCUGGGGCCCGAUGACCAGAGCCCAGACAGUGUCACAGAGAGGCCACGGCCCGCAGACCGGAGGCCCUGUCUGCCCGGCGUGGACGCCUCGCCACUCCCAGGGAGGACGGCCUGCCCGUCGCUGCAGGAGGCCACGCGCCUCAUCCAGGAGGAAUUUGCCUUCGAUGGCUACCUGGACAAUGGGCUGGAGGCUCUGAUCAUGGGGGAGUACAUCUUCGCCUUGAAAGAUCUCACCUUUGCCACUUUCUGUGGUGCCAUUUCUGAGAAGUUCUGCGACCUGUACUGGGAUGAGAAGUUGCUGCAGAACCUCUUUAGAGUGGUGAACGGGCAGGCGUUGCCCUCCCCAAGCACGGUUGAGGACGCUGAGUCACAGCUCGAGAGUAGCCGGAGCCCCCGCUCCCCGUCCAGCAGGAGACCCUCGCUGCACCCCCUGGGAAAAGAGAAGCCAGCCAUGGCCAGGACCAGCAGCAGGACCUUGGUGUCGGAUGUGGACUCGGAGGCACUCUCCCGGGGAAACUUUGAGGUGGGGUUUCGGCCUCAGAGGUCCGUAAAAGCCGAGAGAGCGCAGCAGCAUGAGGUUGGCGAGGACAGACGGCCAGCUGGCGGGGCCUCGGACGCGGAGGUGGUGACCCGACUGGCCAGGUCCAAGGGGGGCGGCCCGGCCGUGUCCCCUGGCCCAGCCGGAUUCCAGAGCUGCAGCCCCGGCUGGUGCAGCGCCUUCUACGAGGCCGACUGCUUCGGGGCCGACGUCCACAACUAUGUGAAGGACCUGGGGCGGCAGCAGGUGGACGGGGCCCUGCCCGACACCCAGAGCCCGGAGCUGGAACAGCAGCUCAUGAUGGAGAAAAGAAACUACCGCAAGACCCUCAAGUUCUACCAGAAACUCUUACAGAAGGAAAAGAGGAACAAAGGGUCCGACGUCAAGACCAUGCUGUCCAAGCUGAAAGGGCAGCUGGAAGAAAUGAAAUCCAGGGUGCAGUUCCUCAGCUUGGUCAAGAAGUAUCUGCAGGUCCUAUACGCAGAGCGCUGGGGCCUGGAGCCCUGCGCCCUCCCGGUGAUCGUGAACAUCGCGGCCGCGCCCUGCGACACGCUGGACUUCAGCCCCCUGGACGAGUCCUCCUCACUCAUCUUCUACAACGUCAACAAGCACCCGGGCGGCCGGCAGAAGGCCCGAAUCCUGCAGGCCGGCACGCCGCUGGGGCUCAUGGCCUACCUGUACUCCAGUGACGCCUUCCUGGAGGGCUACGUGCAGCAGUUCCUCUACACCUUCCGCUACUUCUGCACACCCCAGGACUUCCUGCACUUCCUCCUCGACCGCAUCAACAGCACGCUGACCAGGGCCCACCAGGACCCCACCUCGACCUUCACCAAGAUCUACAGGCGGAGCCUCUGCGUCCUGCAGGCCUGGGUGGAGGACUGCUACACCGUGGACUUCACUCGGAACAGCGGGCUGCUGGGGAAGCUGGAGGACUUCAUCUCCUCCAAGAUCCUACCCCUGGACGGCUCUGCCAAGCACCUGCUGGGCCUCCUGGAGGUGGGCAUGGACCGGCGGGCCGAGGGCAGCCCUCGCAGCACCGACCUGGAGAACCCCAGGGAGGCCGAGGAGGAUGCCAGACCCUUCAACGCCCUCUGUAAGAGGCUCUCAGAGGACGGCAUCUCCAGGAAGAGCUUCCCCUGGAGGCUGCCCCGAGGCAACGGGCUGGUGCUGCCGCCGCACAAGGAGCGUCCCUACACCAUUGCCGCGGCCCUGCCCAAGCCCUGCUUCCUGGAGGACUUCUACGGCCCCUGCGCCAAGACCAGCGAGAAGGGGCCCUACUUCCUGACCGAGUACAGCACUCAUCAGCUCUUCAGUCAGCUCACGCUGCUACAGCAGGAGUUGUUUCAAAAGUGCCACCCGGUCCACUUCCUGAACUCACGGGCCCUGGGCGUCAUGGACAAGAGCACCGCCAUCCCCAAAGCCAGCUCUUCUGAGUCUCUUUCGGCCAAAACCUGCAGCUUAUUUCUGCCCAAUUACGUUCAGGACAAGUAUCUGUUACAGCUUCUAAGAAACGCAGAUGACGUCAGCACCUGGGUGGCUGCAGAGAUUGUGACCAGCCACACCUCCAAGCUGCAGGUCAACUUGCUGUCCAAAUUUUUGCUGAUUGCAAAAUCUUGCUAUGAGCAGAGAAACUUCGCAACAGCCAUGCAGAUCCUGAGCGGGCUGGAGCACCUGGCCGUGAGGCAGUCCCCCGCCUGGAGAAUCCUGCCUGCAAAGAUAGCAGAGGUCAUGGAGGAGCUGAAAGCCGUGGAGGUCUUCCUGAAGAGCGACAGCCUGUGUCUGAUGGAAGGGCGGCGCUUCCGGGCACAGCCCACCCUGCCCUCGGCCCACCUCCUGGCCAUGCACAUCCAGCAGCUGGAGACAGGUGGCUUCACCAUGACCAACGGGGCCCACAGGUGGAGCAAGCUCAGGAACAUCGCGAAGGUGGUGAGUCAGGUGCACGCAUUCCAGGAGAACCCCUACACCUUCAGCCCCGACCCCAAGCUCCAGUCGUACCUCAAGCAGAGGAUUGCCCGCUUCAGCGGUGCCGACAUUUCCACGCUGGCUGCAGACAGCAGGGCCAACUUCCACCAGGUCUCCAGCGAGAAGCACUCACGGAAGAUCCAGGACAAGCUACGGAGGAUGAAGGCCACAUUCCAGUAGCCGAGCUUGGGCCUGGUGUGGAAUUCCAGAUCCAAACCCAACUGCGGGGGGUGGGCCGGGAGGCAGAAGCCACAUCUCAGGCCCGGCUGUUAUCCAGGCCCCUUUGCCCCCAAGCCCUGGGGAGCUGGGCCGGGAGGUGGAGGCUCAGGGGACCCCAUAGGGACAGGCAGAGCUGGUCUCCUCCCAGCAGACGGAGCCAGGACGGGCACAAGAGUCUUGGAGGUUUGCGUGUUUCUGCUAAAAUUAAAGAGCUAAAUUUAAAAAUGAAAAUGAAAG